AUGAGUUUGGGGACAUUGCAUAAGUUGAACUAUCCAAUGGUGGCAAUUUCUCCAGUGUGGAAAAGGCAUCCUUCUGUGAUUCACGGGGUUGGAUUUACUUUUGGCAACCUGGUUGGAAUGUAUCUGGCUCAAAAUUAUGACAUGCCAAACCUGGCUAAAAAACUUGAAGAAAUUAAAAAGGACAUGGAUGCCAAGAAGAAACCCCCUAAUCCAUGAGGCCAACUCCAGAGCACUGGCUCCAGGAAAUCCUGACUCUCCUCUUCUCCAGGGCCUCCUUUACACCUGAACCAAAGCUUCUGUCUUCUGUCCAGUCUCAGCCUUUGCUUCGAGCACAAAUGGAGCCACAAGUUAAGAACUGUGCUUA